AGCAUGCGCGGAAAGACCAACAUGGCGGCGCCCUUUGAUACUCGUGAAAAAAAUGCAACAAACAUAUGCAUAACUACAUAGACGAACACGUCUUUAGUUGUUUUGGUUACAAAUCCGGACACUGAAUGUUAAAACCUCCGAUUGUAGACAUGUUUAAAGUUUUCUACCAGCAUACGAGGAUAUUUCCCAGAGUGGACAUCGCAUCUCUCCUUUUGCGUAGGACGCUGUUAAGUACUGCACGAUGUUUCUCGCAAAAUGCAAGUCCUCCAUCGUCGUCUCUAACCCUGGAAUGGAUGCAGGACGAGUCAGAUCAUCUGAAGCAACCAGCGAGGAAGAAACCGAACGAGUGCUCGGUGCUGCUUUUCCCGGGCCAGGGUACUCAGUUUGUGGGGAUGGGCCAGGGACUUUUAAAGUACAGAAACGUAAGAGAAAUGUUCGAUGUUGCUCAGAAAAUAUUGGGAUAUGAUCUGCUGUCAUUGUGCCUAAACGGGUCUGAAGAGGAGCUGAACAAGACGGUCCAUUGCCAGCCGGCUGUAUUCGUCACGUCGCUGGCCGCCGUGGAGAGACUGAUAUGUGAAAAGCCUGAAGCCAUUGAGAACUGUGUGGCGGCCGCCGGGUUCAGCGUGGGCGAGUUCGCUGCCCUCGUUUUUGCGGGCGCCAUGGAUUUCGAGGAGGCCCUCUAUGUGGUGAAGGUGCGAGCCGAAGCCAUGCAGGAGGCCUCUGACCGGACCCGGAGCGGCAUGCUGUCGGUGGUGGGUCUCCCCAAGGCAAGCUACAGCGCAGCCUGUCUGCAGGCGCGGGAACACUGCCGGGCCCUGGGGGUGAGGGAGCCUAUCUGCACCGUCGCCAGCUACCUGUUCCCCGAUGGCAGGGUCAUCGCCGGCCACCAAGAGGCACUGGACUUUUUGCGGGACAACGCGAGGGCCCUGCACUUCCUGCGUGCACGGCCGCUGCCUGUGAGUGGCGCCUUCCACAGCGCCCUGAUGGAGCCGGCGGUGGAGGCGCUCCGGGAAGUCCUGAGGCAUGUGACGGUGCGGCGCCCCCAGGUGGCCGUGCAUGCCAAUGUGGAUGGCAAGCGGUAUGCACACGAGGGCCUCGUGCGGAGGCUCCUGGCUAAGCAGGUGGUGUCGCCCGUGUGCUGGGAGCAGACGCUGCAGGAGCUCUAUGCAAGGGAGCGGGGCCGGGACUUCCCCCACACCUACGAGGUGGGGCCUGGCCGGCAGCUGGGGGCCACGCUACAGAGGUGCAACCUGAAGGCCUUCAGGAGCUACACGCAUGUUGACGUUGUCACCCCCCAGGACUGAUGUAACCAUAGCAACAUGAUACGUGGUUUCAUAUGCAGACAUCUAGUGUGUGUUUUUAAGAUAAUUAAAAGGCUUGAUGGUA